AUGGCUCCUCCCACUCACUUCAAGCUCAAUACGGGCGCCGUCAUUCCCGCUGUCGGCCUCGGAACCUGGAAAUCCGAGCCAGGAGAGGUCGCAAAGGCAGUGGCCUUCGCCCUCAAAAAUGGAUACCGGCACAUUGAUGCGGCAUUAAUCUACGGUAACGAAACCGAGGUCGGCCAGGGAAUUAAGGAUAGCGGCGUGCCCCGCAAGGACAUAUUCAUCACCAGUAAGCUUUGGAACACACAUCACCCAAAUGUCAAGGAGGGUCUACAGAAGACCCUGGAUAGCCUGGGCACCGACUAUCUUGAUCUUUACCUUAUUCAUUGGCCCGUUCGACUGGUUCCUAAUGAGACGAGCGAGCUUCUGCCGGUAAACCCGGAUGGCACCCGCUCGGUGGACCGAUCGUGGGAUCAGAAUGAGACCUGGCGCCAGAUGGAGGAGGUUUACAAAGCUGGUAUGGUCAAGGCGAUUGGGCUCGCAAACUGGUCCAUUCCCUAUUUGGAGGAGCUCCGCAAGACAUGGACCGUUGUGCCGGCUGUAAACCAAGUUGAGCUGCAUCCUUUCCUCCCUCAACAUGAACUCCGAGAGUAUUGCGACAAGCUUGGUAUACUCCUCGAAGCAUAUUCCCCUCUAGGUUCUACCGGGGCUCCUAUCAUGUCAGAUCCUGAGAUCCAACAGAUUGCGGAUAAGAAUGGAGUUUCCGCCGCCACGAUCCUCAUCAGCUACCACGUCAACAAAGGCGUGGUUGUUCUUCCGAAAUCGGUGAGUGAGAAGCGCAUUGCUAGUAACAGAGAGGUUAUUUCACUAUCUAAAGAGGAUCUGUAUGUGCUGGACGGAAUGGCGGCUGCGGGCAAGGCGAAACGCUUGAAUACGCCGCUGUGGGGAUUUGAUCUGGGCUUCGCGGACUGGUACGGUCCGGUGAAGUCGCAGUAA